AUGGAUUACCUUCACUUGAGUGUCAUAGCUGUGGUCCUUUCCUUUCAUCUACCUGGAUCAGUGGGAACCAACUCUCAGCAGAUUCUUCUUGCUACACAGCAGCACUCAGCCUGCCAGUGGGAUGGGGAGCUGGUACUGAAUUGCUCUUUCACCGGAAUAGCUGUGAUUCCAGAAGAUGUAUCACAAACAGCAGUAACAGCUGAUUUUAGUUACAACAAUAUCAGAACUUUUUUGUGUCCUGAUGGAAGAAACAAAGAAUGGGUGCUGAAACACCUGAAUCUCAGUAACAAUCUGAUUUCUGAACUCUCCAUAGCUACUUUUAGAAAUUUUCCUGUUUUAGAAACUCUGAACCUCAAUGGCAAUGCCAUCCACACCCUCACACUGGACACACUGAUGCCUGCACAGGGGUCUAAAUGCUGUCAUCUGCUGCCUGCUUUGAAAGUAUUGUCAGUUGAAAAAAAUAAUCUUAAUACAGUUCCAAGAGGACUAUGUCUGCUGCAGUCCUUACAAACUGUCCAUUUGUCAUCCAAUGGUAUACAACAGAUUGAUCGGAAUGAUUUUCAGAACUGUUCACAGCUGAAGGAUAUUGACUUGCAAAACAACAAGAUAACUAAAAUUCACCCAGAGGCCUUCAGGGAUCUCCACAAAUUACAGGUUGUGAAUCUCCAUGGAAAUGUUCUGACAAACCCCUUACCACAGAUAUUCAUCAGUCUGAACAACUUUCAAAUUGAAGUGCACUUGUCAAAUAACACCUGGAUAUUUAACUGCAGACUAAAUGCUUUCAAACAUUUACUUCAAUUUCUUUUUGACUCCACAAGGCAAAAAUGGAGUAUUUCAUACAAUAUAUCUGCCAACAACUCACAGAAACCUCUGCUGUAUCUUUCAAGUUUCUAUUUAAACUGCAGGGACAGUGUUCUGUUCAAAAGGGCUGUAAUCCCACCAGGGAAGACAUCAGUUCUGAAGUGUGACUUGGACAACAAAAUAGGUAAUGGUGUCUCUUGGUGGACACCUAAAGGCAGAAUUUCAGAAGAUAAUAGUUUUCCUCAUAUGACAUUGGAUAAAAUGAAUAAUUUAGUGAUAUACAAUGCUGAGGAAACUGCUGGAGGGUUAUACUUGUGUCAUUUUAAUACUACUAAGAAGAAAUACCUCAUCUAUAAUGUACAGGUGAAAGAAAGGAUUUCAGCAUAUUUGGUUAGAAAAACCCGGGACACCAGCAGUGUUUUUAGACAAGGAAGAACAGAGCAAGACUUUGCCCUGGCAGUCUGCCUCUCGGUGCUCAUUACAUUUGCUUUUGCUUUUUGUCUGGGUGCUUUUGCUAGACCCUACCUUGUGAGCCUGUGGAGACUCAUACACGGGAGCAAAAAUUCACAUUCUGAACAUACUUAUUCUAAUCAAGCUUUUUCAGAUGAAAACUUAAGCAGAGAGUGCUCUGCAAGAAAACCAACAAAUGUGCAGCAUAAUUUUUUAAUUUGUGAUGGGGAUUCUUCAAGAAACACAUGCAUUUUUCCUGCAGAAACUUCUAAUUUGCAUGAAAAUAUCAUCAGUAGCAAAGAGAGCAAUAAUGAGAUCAACAUGAAGGAAAAUACAACAUUUUCAGACAUCAAAACUAGUAUCAGCAAUGAUGGAAAUAGAAAUGUUAAUGGACUAUUUUCUGUAAGGAUAGAUAAUAAGAACAGCAAUGAAGGAACACCAAGAAAAUUAAUGAGUAAUGGCAUUUCAUUAUGGAAGGAUUCAAAAUAUGCAAAUAAUGAAGGCUCAGAGAAGAGCAGGUUCCCUCCCAUACCCAGGAGACUGAAUGCCAACUCCUACACAAAGCACACUGACAGUUCAGAUUUGGAUCUACCCUUCACAGGAGAAGCUGGCUUUCCAUUUCCCACAACACAAACACGUACAGUUGCACAAGAUUCCAGAAAAAGCAAAGCCAGGAACAACUCUGGUCUGCUGCAGUCUGAAAUCACAAAGGCUACACCAAAUUUUCCUGAAAGACAAAGUAUCGUUUCACAUAAUGAACACAGAAGCACUACAAAAUUUAUGCCUCAAGAGCAAAGCUGUGAUGAACAACCUGGUCCAAAUAGCAACAUAAAUAAAAACAGUGAUGUGGGAGAUUUUAUUUUACCCAGUAGCUGCAAGAGAGCCACAAAUAGUGAGACUUUAAGCACCUACCAAACAAUAGAAAGCUCUGCUCUUACAGCCUACAACUGUAAGACAGAACAUACAAAUGAAAAAGAUUUAUUUGAUGAUAGUUCUUCAGAUGAAGGAACUCCAUUCACAAUGAGUGACUGCAGUUCUUUAGCAGACUGUGAACUGGAACAGCCUGAUGGUAGUGACAACCUGCCAACCUGUCAGUCAUCACUAGAGGAAGCUGGUAUGAACAGUGGAACUGAGAAGUUCUCAACACUGCCAGAGUCUCCAGACACUGCAACUGAACUUCAGCAUACUGGGAAAAAUGGAGACAAGAACAAAGCAUCUUUUGAAAGCACUAUUAAUUAUGGGUCAGACACCACCAUGCCUGAAGCACCAUCACCUUACACUGCUCGAUGCAGUGACCAGGUAAGCACCUCAGACUCAGACAUUCUUAGUUCUUCAAGUCAAGAAGUUCCCAAUAUGUUUCAUUAUUUUACUAAAGCAGCAUUAACAGUACAGAACUCUCCUUCUGAUUCACUCCACAGCCAAAGCACAGACUUUGGUUCUACAUUACAUUCAUUAAAAGAUUCUGCCACAUAUGACACAGAUAGAGAGAGCACUCCUGGAGAGGCUGAACUGCAGCUGUAUCAGUUUCCCAUUGAACCACAGCAUUCCCUCAAUUUCAAUCCCACUGAACAAAACCAAAAUGCAGAGGGAAGUGCAGAUGAGCACACAUCAGACAGGAAGUCCUCUGAAAAGAAUCAUGGUGAAGGGGACAUUACAUUAAAAAGAAAUAUGAGUGCAUCUGAAGACAAUGAUUUUAUUUGUGCUCCGAUCGAUACUGGUUUGAAUGAAACUGUUAAGGAAACAUUACUGCUGCAUUCCAGCAAUGAAUCAUCUCUUCAGUCUCUGCCUGAACACACAGCUGAAAGACAUUUUACAGUUAUUGCAGAGAAAGAAGAUUUGCUACCACAGGAGAAACAGGUGAGCACAACUAAGGUUUGCACAGAUAAAAGGCAAGGAGUUUUCAAUGCGAUGAACUGUGAUGGACACACAGAAUUCCAGGAUACCAACAACUGCAGUCUGCCCGAAACACAGUCUUGCAAUCUUACAGCAGAUUUGCUGCAUCUUUACCCUUUUGGGAAAAGCCAGUCAGUCUUCAAGGGAGAAGAUUGUUUCCAACUGGAUCAGAGUGAGAAGGAUGCAGAUUCCUUCUCAGUCCCACAAGGCUGCUUCAAUGAAAGCACACUGUACAGUUCAUGUUCAUUCCCACAAAAGACUACAGAAAAUAUAAUCUCCACAAAUACUGAUUCCAGCAAGAUGGAGGAUGACACAACUUUGACAGAACUGGAGAACAAUUCUACAACAGCAACCAACCUCCAAAAUUCAAGUGAAAAACUCAGUCAAGACACUCAGGCCAAUUAA